CUGCCCAUCCGGAGUUCAUUUAGCUGCCAGCCGGCGAAGAGUCCACAACGCGCCGACUGACCAAAUGGAAACCAAGAUGCCCUCCCUCUGGCUGUUCAUCUCGAUGCUGGCUUUGGUUAGCUGCCAGGACUACCACUACCAACGGCCGCAGACUCCCUUCACUGCGGAGUCUUCGCGACCCCAGACCACCAGGUUCGUGGUGCAGACCCUGGGUCGCACCUACGGCCUGGAGACGCAGAGGGCUCCGGUCGUCUACGAGGAUCACCAGUCGCAGGUUGUCCGCGUGGUGCAGCAGCGCCAGGUGCCGCAGUACCACCAGCAGUACGCCACCAGCUACCAGCCCCAGCAGCUGCACACCUCCUCCUACCAGAAUCCCCUGCUGGCCAGCACCAACUACCAGGCUCCCAGUGUCUCCUACGGCCCUCCGCCUCCAGCUCCACCUCCUGGCCAGCCCCUGAGCUACUACGAGCCUCCCCAGCCAGCAGCAGCACAUCCACUGCAACAGCAACAUCAGCAGCAGCCGCAGCAGCAGCAAACUGCAGUUCAGGCCGCCAGUUACUAUCGCCAACCGCAGUCGGCUGCCCAGCCACCAGCCAGUUACCUGCCUCCCCAGCAGCCCGCCCAGAAGCUCUUCUUCGGGAACCCCUAUCCGUACGCUCCGGUGACCACGGGAUCGGGACAACAGGUCCUGGACGCAGGACACGGAUCCGGAGUGGCGCCCCACGAGGUGCAGGUGCAGCUCCUGCAGGCCACGGGAUCGGCGGCAUCGGAGACCCGAGUGGGUGACCACGCGGCCCAGUCGCAGAGCUCCGCCCUGGACUCGUACGACUACAAGCAGACCUCUCCCGGGGACACCAGGGAGUACCAGCGGUUCGUGACCAACUGCCCGGGUGGCGGUCAGUGCCAGAGGAAGGAGCUCGGUCCGGGUGAAGUGGACGAGAGCCACCGGCAGGUGGUGCAGACGGCCAGGGCCACCACCCAGGCUCGGGUGGAGGGAUGCUACAAGAGCCCGGUGGUCUACGUGCCAGCUGGAGCGGCUGUCAAUGCGCAGGGACAGCUGAGGCCAAAAAACCGACGCCUCUUCCAGCGGCAGGAGCAGAUCUUCUCCAGAUAUCCCUACAACUAAGCCCUCUCUUUAAUAUCCACCGAAUUUAACAUCGAAUUUAUUAGUUGCUAUGCUAAGUCGUCAGUUCAGUUUGUUGAUUAUUGUAAAUAAAUCGAUCGAAGUUUGAACACUUUGUUAUUAAACACAAA